GUAAAAAGAGAGUUAUCGAAGUCAUUCUCAUUUCUUUGUUGGCAACUUUUCCACGGUAACUUUGUACAGGAAAAUCUUCAGCCUUUUAGACAAGUUAUUGUGGUCAACAGCUCGCAAUGCUUGUGGAAUUCCCUAACAGCUAAUGUUUUUUCAGAUCCUUUUUAUGGAUCUGGUCAGACAAAAAUAAAACAAUAAUAAUAAUACCCAUUUGAAAGUUUCACACAGAUAGCCUUUUUACAUUCUCAAUUCGAAGUUUCAAGGGACAUUUGAGGGUAAUUUCGAUUUAAUACGGUUUAUUAGAGCUCCCAGACGAGCUCUCAAAAGUUUUUUUUUUGGGGGGUUUGUCCUUUUCAUAUAUACCCUUUAAUUCUUGGUGGGCGAUUCCGUAUUUUGGCCGUUUGGGAGAAAAGAAAAUUUUGGGUUUUGUUUGAUUCAUUAUUCCAAAGCUCAAAUCUUCAUCAAAGCUUCAGGUGGGUCUUUGAGAAUUUGCUUGUAAAAGCUGGUAAAUCGUUACGUUAGAGGGGUUUUCUUGGGAAGAAUCGAAUUGGGUCCCUUGCAAAAUGAUGAAAGUUUGAAGGUUUGGGGUGGUUGAUGAAGAUGUUCUAGGGUUUUUCCUGAGAGGUUUAUGCAUUGAUGAAAUGACAAGGAUAUUAUAUGUCUGGGAUGAAAAAAUUCAACAACAUAUGGAUCUUAUGAGGACGAGUUGUUUCAUUGUUUUGGCUAUUCUGCUAUGCUUGUCGGCAUCGAUAUGUUCAGGGGAGAGUAAGAACGCAGAAGAACUGUUUAUUGACCAACUAGUCGAUCCAGCAUCUGGGAAAAUUAAUGGAGAAGUGGCAGAUAUAUUAUGGUUGAAUUGCGAGGUAGAUUUGAUCCAUUUGAAGGAAGUUGUUGAAGAACUUGAUUUGUGCUCAACGGAGGAAACAUCUAGUAGAACCAAUGAAAUUAAUUGGAAAAGUGAGUCAUUAACAAAAGAAAACAUUCAGAAAAUUAUCUAUUUACUGCAUCCACAGGUGAAGCAAACUCUUCUGGAUUGUUUAAGGAACAAUAAAUUUGUAUUUCCUGCUUCUGGAGAAGAAGGGGGCUCCAACAUUUGGUUGGGCAAGUAUGUUGAGUCCAUGUUUCCAAGACCUAAGGAUCCUAGAAGGAAUCUUGGUACUGAGUCAGCGCAGAGAGUUAAAAGAGUACUUGCUGAAGCUCCUGCAGUUGGAUCACCUAGAUCCAGUCUAGCGCCAUCCCCUGAUCUAGCAUCAGCCCCUGGUCCAGCACUGUCCACCACUCUGGCACCAUCCCCUGGUCCUACACCACAAGUUCCUGGUUCUAUACGCCCUGCUGCCUCUCCAAAAACGCCAUUCUUUCCACCUAUUUCCAAUAGGAAUACAAGUUUAGAACCCGCAGCAAACGAAAACUCUUCGAACAGUCCAGGUUCUGGUGGAGUACAACAAGAAAAGAAAAGUAAUAACAAUAAAACAAUUGUUAUUGCUGUUGUUGUAACUGCCUCUGUAACAUUUAUCAUUGCAGUGCUGCUCUUUUUAUGCUGUUCUAGAUUUUCUAGAACUGGUCCUAGAGUCAGACGAACGGAUGAGAGGCCCCUUCUCAGCCUGAGCUUAAGUGACUUCUCUGUCGGCAACUCAGUUAAAGAAGAGAAGCUUGGGCAUCAGUCUUUUGGUAAUAAUAACUUGAGUCUUCAUGGAAAGGUCUCAUCUUUGGAUGGCAGUCGCAUGGAGACCAAUGUGCUCCACAUUUCAUUAGAUGAAACUCCAAAUGGCACAGGUAUCAAUCCUAAUGGAAGGGUACCGCCUCCUCCUCUGAAGCCUCCACCUGGAAGGACUAUCCCUACAGGGAUGCUUCCUUUGAAGCCUCCUCCUGGAAGGGCAGAACCCCUCCCUCCUGAACCACGUUCUUCUUUUAAGCCUCCUUCCACCAUGGCUGGUCCUCCUCCCCCUCCACCUCCUGUACGGCCACCUCCCUCUCUGAAGCCAUCUGGCCCUACGGGCCCUCCCCCUCCCCCUCCUGCACCACCUGCACCACCUCCACCACCACCUCCUGUACCUUCUGGCACCAAGCCCCGUCCUCGUCCACCACCACCACCACCUCCUCCAAGUAGUGGUGCCCCUCCUCCUCGACCACCUCCGCCAAUGGCCAUAGGUUCAAAGGUUGCCCAACCUCCACCUCUUGCGCCAAAGCAUCCACCAAAAGCUUCUACUAGUGAGGGAGCUGGCUUAGAGGAUGAUGGCAUGGCCCCUAAAACCAAGCUAAAGCCUUUUUUCUGGGAUAAGGUUCUUGCAAACCCAGAUCAGUCAAUGGUUUGGCAUCAGAUUAAAUCAGGAUCAUUCCAGUUUGAUGAGAAUAUGAUAGAAACUCUAUUUGGAUAUUCCAAUGUUGAUAAAAAUAAAAAACAAACAAACAAAGAGUCUUCAUCCCAAGAUCCUUUGCCUCAGUUAAUUCAAAUUAUUGAUCCAAAAAAGUCACAAAAUCUGGCAAUUCUUCUUCGGGCAUUGAAUGUGACAAUAGAAGAAGUAUGUGAUGCACUUCAUGAAGGAAAUGAGCUUCCCGCUGAGUUCCUUCAGACUUUGUUAAAGAUGACGCCAACAUCUGAAGAAGAACUAAAGCUUAGGCUCUUUAAUGGUGAACUUUCUCGACUUGGACCUGCCGAGCGGUUUUUAAAAGCUUUGGUCGAUAUCCCAUUUGCUUUUAAACGACUGGAAGCAUUGCUUUUUAUGUGUACUUUUCAAGAGGACAUUGGAAUUGUGAAAGAGUCCUUCACAACCUUAGAGGUUGCCUGCAAGGAACUCAGAAACAGUCGGCUUUUCCUCAAACUUCUAGAAGCUGUUCUUAAAACUGGCAAUCGUAUGAAUGAUGGAACAUUUCGAGGUGGUGCACAAGCUUUCAAACUUGAUACACUUUUGAAAUUGUCUGAUGUAAAAGGAGUGGAUGGGAAGACAACACUCUUCCAGUUUGUUGUUCAGGAGAUUAUUCGUUCUGAAGGUAUAAAAGCGGCCCGUGUAACAAGGGAGAGCCGGAGUGUCUCUAGCAUCAAAUCAGAUGAUCUCCUUGAAGAAGCUUCACCAGAUAUAGAAGAACACUAUCGCAGUCUUGGUCUUCAGGUAGUUUCAGGUUUGGGAAAUGAACUCGAGAAUGUAAAGAAAGCAGCAAUUUUGGAUGCUGACAGCUUAACAGGAACAGUUGCCAAACUUGGUGAUUCAUUGCUAAAAACCCGGAGUUUCCUGAACUCAGAAAUGAAGAAUGUUGAAACUGAUAGCGGCUUUCAUCAAGCACUGAAGAGUUUCGUGCAGAAUGCUGAGGUUGAUAUCAUGUGGCUCCUGGAGGAAGAAAAAAGAAUCAUGGCUUUGGUAAAGAGCACUGGUGACUACUUCCACGGGAAAGCAGGGAAAGAUGAAGGUUUACGAUUGUUCAUUAUACUACGGGACUUUUUGAUAAUGUUAGAUAAGACAUGCAGAGAGGUGAGCAAUUCAACAAAAAAGGCAAAAGCACAUAGAAAGGAGGCAUCUUCCUCUGAUCCUCAACAGCCUCGAACUGCAUCUUCUUCUUCUGAUCCCCAACAGCCUCCUCCCAAUCUCCACCAGCGGCUUUUGCCUGCUAUCACAGACAGGCGAAUGGAGUAUUCUAGUUCAGAUGAUGAGAGUCCAUAGAUUUGUUCUGAAAAGGUGGCUUUUAUAUGGAAGUUCCAACAAUGCAAACCCCCUACGAAAUUCUUUUCUAGAUGCCAUCUAUGCUCAGGGAUGAGAAAAUGUUCCAAAAGUACUUGGAAAAGCAAUUGGGCCCACAGCCUUUGCCUUUUGCUUCAAGGUAGAAUUUCAAUGAACAGAGAGCUGAUCUGACAUUGCAAUCGUACAGUGACUACCAUUGUUGUUGGAAUUGACCUAUAGCCUAUGGGGGUAUGAAUUUUGUGAUAGAGGACAACCUGUGCAUUACUAGUUAGAUAUAUAGUUGCCAUCAUUUUGCUCCCAUUGUUCUUUGUAAACAGGUUUUUCAUAUUGAUGAUUCUUUUUUUAAUUAUUUCACCACCUUUUUUCCAUUGUAUAGCUAGAUAGUUUUGGGAUUUAGUUUAGAAUUGUAAGUGCCUGGAAAGAAAUUUAUGUUUUGUGUUGAUGUAUGAAAACAUUGCCCAUAAAAGCUGCAAUAUAUGAAGCCAUUGAGAAAGAUUCAUUUA